AUGACAUCGACUACUUUUACAAAUACAGAUGAUAAUUAUUAUGAAUUAGGGCAAGAAUUCAAAAAAUUAGCUUCACUUGUACCAACAAUACCAAAAGAUGAAUGUCUUUCGGAAUUGGAGUUUAUUGAAAUUGUUAUUGCUUAUAUUCGACAAUUACAACAACUUCUUUCACAUGAUCAAUGGAGUGAAUGUUUAAAUAAAUUGGCAUCAUCUAUGAAAAAUUCUCUUCUAUCAUCAACAUCGUCACCUCCAUCUUCUCCACAUGCAACAAAUCUAUUGAAUCAAUUAAUACAUGAAUCUCCACGAACACAAACAAAUGAAAAUUCAACAAUAAUACGUCGAAGUCCAUUGGCAACCAUUAAUCUAGACAAUACUCGAUUAUCAAAAUCUGUGAAUGAUGAAUUAGACAAUGAAAAAAUUCCCUGUGAAUUCUGUAAUGAUCAAAUUAAUGUAAAUGAUUGGAACUCUCAUGCAGAACAAUGUGCUGAUGCACAUAGACGUCGAAUUGAAAAUUUAAAAAAUGGUAUUGACAAUGAGCCAAUUAAUAUUUUAGUUCCAUGUGAAUACUGCAAUAAACAAAUCAGUGUACAGGAUCUUGAAUGGCAUACAAGACAAUGUGAUGAUGAAUAUCAGCGUCAACGUCAAAUAUUACAGAACAAUGAAACUGACUUUAUUUCAUGCGAAUACUGUAAUGCUCAAGUCAGCAUCGUGGAAUGGGAAUUGCAUGUGAAAAGAUGUCGACGUAAGGAAACAUCAUCAACUUUUCAACCGAAUGCUCUACAUGAUGAAGUAUUUGGUGUCAUCCAUACUUUUCCAAAACAUUGGGAUCUUUCAUCAUUAGAUAAUCUUACUCGUUAUAUUCUUGAUCAUACAACAGAAGAAUAUAAAUUUGUUGCAAAUAAGUUCCACAAGACAUUACCAUCGAAUCAUAUUAUUCAAAUUGAACGAAUUCAAAAUCGACGUUGGUAUCGUCAAUAUGAUGCUCAUAAAGAAGAUUUUAUUGAACGAUAUGGUCAAAGUACUGAAAGAUGGUUAUUUCAUGGAUGUCGUAAAUCAGAAUCAGCUGAAGCAAUUAUUCGUGAUUGUUUCAAUCGUAGUCAUGCUGUUAAUUGUGCUGUUGGCCAAGGAAUUUAUUUUGCAACACAAGCUAUGAUCAGUCACGGUUAUACUCAGCCCGAUGCAAAUAGAUUGAGACAUAUGUUUAUGGCUCGUGUGUUAAUUGGAAGAACAACUGGAGGAAGUUCAUCAACGCGUAUUUGUCCUCCAGGUUUUGAUACGACAGGUGGAGAAAAUGUUUUCGUAACUUAUCAUGAUGCUCAAGCUUAUGGAGAAUAUUUGAUAGUUUACAAAUGA